GAAGGCGUGCCUAGUAACGCGGUUGUCAGGAAGACAUUUGGGAGAAAAUGUGUGCAUCAGUAUGAUUUGUUUACCUUUUGACUGAUACGCCAGCCGUGUUUAUGAACACGUUACUUAUCGAUGAAUAUUUCGGGUCUUAAGAUUGAUAUCAGUUUUGUCCACGUUCAUCGUUCAGGAUCUCCUCAAUCCUCUCGGUUGGGUGGAGUGUUUUUCUUCACUCUGUUGGAAUUCGUCCCGCGCACAUCGUCUCCAGGAUGACCGCAGGGUUCAAGACCACAGUUUAAGAACCAUCAGUGUUCAAUCUGCAAGAGUGUGAGUGAUCUAGCUGACAGGUGUCUUUGUGGCACCUCUCAUCAGUAGUUAUGGGUACGGCAUCCUCUCUGGUGAGCCCCAGUGAGGUGAUUGAGGAUGCUUACGGUGGUGAGGGAGGUGAGGCGUGUGAGAUACCGGUGGAGGUGAAGCCAAAGGCACGUCUGCUGCGGAGCUCCUUCCGCCGCGGGCCUCGUGUCAUCGGCGCCAGCUUCAAAUCUACCGGAUCGGUGGAACUGGAGUACGCCGCUGAGUAUGAGCGCCUCAGGAAAGACUACGAGAUCUUUAGGGUCAGCAAGAACAAUGAGAUCGCCUCCAUGCAGAAGAAAGAAGCCAAGCUGGAUGAGGAGAACAAGAGACUGCGUGCUGAGCUGCAGGCUCUUCAGAAGACUUACCAGAAGAUUCUUCGAGAGAAGGAAAGUGCCCUGGAGGCAAAGUAUCAAGCCAUGGAGAGAGCUGCCACCUUUGAGCACGACAGAGACAAGGUCAAACGGCAGUUUAAGAUAUUCCGGGAGACUAAAGAAAAGGAAAUUCAGGAUUUGCUGCGGGCAAAACGAGAUCUGGAGUCAAAACUUCAGCAGCUGCAGGCUCAAGGCAUUCAGAUUUAUGAUCCAGCAGACUCGGAUUCAGACGACAACGGCGCCACUGUCACCACUGCAGGAACUCAGUGUGAGUACUGGAGUGGUGGCGUGUUGGGCAGCGAGCCGUCCAUGGGCAGUAUGAUGCAGUUACAGCAGACACACAGGGGUCCAGAAUUCGCUCACAGUCUCAUCGACGUGGAGGGGCCGUUUGCCAAUGUCAGCAGAGAUGAUUGGGAUGCAGCUGUAGCCAGUCUGCUGCAAGUUUCUCCUCACGUCUCUCAGGCUCUGUGGAGUAACACAAUCCGCUGCUACCUCAUAUACACACAGGAGACCAGAGCGGAGAUGCAGACCUUUAUACAGACUCAUUCUUUGAGGCUGCAGAGGUUUUGUGAGGGUUUGGGUCAUUUCUACCUGAACGUGUCAUUUCCUGAGGAGAAAGCCGCUCUGUAUGCUGCUGAACGCAGGCAGGAGAUCGAGAGGAGCUCUGUGUGUGUGCUGCUACUCAAGUCCUCAGUGUCCAGUUGUGUUGUGGAGGAUGUGGAGGAAGCAUUUGUGAAAACCCCAGACUCUCGGCCUCUCUUGCUGUAUUUGCGAACUGGUGACAGAAAAGGAGAAAAGGAAGAGGUGUCCACCCUCAGUCCAUCCACUAGAGACUUGCUGGAGAGAGUUAACAAAGCUGACAAGAGUGCCAAACUUAAAGUAGUGGAUUAUGCAGGGUCUGUAGAGGGUGGAGCUGCUCUUAUCUUCACUCAACUUGAAAGAAUUAUCAAACAGGAGUUGUUGGGAUUGGAGUUAGAAGAGAGUGGAGAGGUGGAGGAGAGAGAAGAGGAAGACUCUGGUGAUGUGCUGUGGGACCUUCAUGAUGAGCAGGAGCAGAUUGAGGCGUUCCAGCAUGCUUGCAGCGCUGCUUCCAGAUUCAGCUUCCAGAAGUAUGUUGACCAACUCAAUGACAUGGUAGCCGCCCCUCCACCCACCCCACCACUGCUGGUAUCUGGUGCACCUGGAUCGGGCAAAUCACUUUUGCUCGCUAAAUGGAUAGAGUUACAGCAGAAACACUCUCCCAACACCCUCAUUCUGUAUCACUUCACAGGACAUCCUCUUUCUACCAGCACAGAUCCAGUGCUCAUCAUUAAGCGCCUCACAGUGAAGCUGCUCCAGCAUUUCUGGUCUAUUUCCGGCCUCUCGAUGGACCCUUCUAAGAUACUCGAGGAGUUCCCACGCUGGCUAGAGCGGCUGUCUGCACGUCACCACGGCAACAUCAUAAUCAUCAUUGACUCCAUUGACCAAAUACAGAAUGCUGAGCGGCACAUGAAGUGGCUGAUUGAUCCUCUUCCUGCUAAUGUGAGAGUGCUGGUGUCAGUUAACGUGGAGACCUGCCCACAGGCAUGGAGAUUGUGGCCCACGCUGCACCUGGACCCACUCAAUCCCAGAGAGGUGAAGAGUGUCAUCAGCACAGAAUGUGUGAACAGCGAUAUCAAACUCACCAAAGAUCAGGAAAAGAAGUUGGAGAGACAUUGCCGUUCAGCUGCAACAUGCAACGCGCUCUAUAUCACACUACUAGCAAGACUCAUUACACAAUCCAGAUCCUCCUGGACAUUGGAGAGGACUCUACAGCAGUGUGCGUUGUGUCAAGAUACAAUAUCACUAUACAGACUGGGCUUGAAGGUUGCGCUAGACUCACUCAGCACUGAUCAGGAAAAACACACCAUGAAAGAGCUAUUGUGCCUGGUAUGUGCCAGUCACAACGGCAUCAGUGAAUCAGAGGCUUUGGAGCUGUUCCCAGACCUGAGUUUUCCUGCUCUCACCUCACUGCUCCACAAUCUGGAGAGACUCCUCAUCAUUACCUACACCUGUGGUCUCAUUCGCUUUCAGCACCCACAGGCAUGUGAAGCGGUCAACCAAGAGUUUCUGGAUGGGGGCAAAUGUCAUGGAUCCUACAGAGAGAAAAUCAUUCGGUUCUUCAGUGAACAGCUGAAGCAAGACAGAGUGACGUGGAGGGUGGCUGAUGAAUUGCCAUGGUUACUGCAGCAGCAGGAAGAUCAAAGUAAACUCCAGAUGAGUCUGCUUAACCUGUUUGUGUCCCAGAACCUGUACAAGAGGGGUCAUUUCUCUGAGCUGCUGACAUACUGGCAGUUUGUUGGUAAGGAUAAAUGCUCGAUGGCAACAGAGUAUUUCGACUCAUUGAAGGAGUUUGAGAAGACCUGUGAGAGUGAACAGAGCAUGAGCCGACUGGCCAACCUGUACGAGACACUGGGUUGCUUCCUCAAAGACCUGGGACUGCUCAGCCAGGCGGUGGCCCCCUUGCAGCGCUCCUUGGAGAUCCGUGAGACGGCUCUGGAUCCGGACCACCCAAGUGUGGCUCAGUCCCUGCACCAGAUUGCGGGGGUUUACGUUCAUUGGAGGAAAUUUGGAAACGCAGAGCAGUUGUACAAACAAGCUAUGGAGAUUUGUGAAAAUGCUUAUGGCCCUGAACACAGCACUGUCGCUAGAGAACUAGACUCACUCUCGCUCCUCUACCAGAAACAAAACAAAUAUGAGCAGGCUGAGAAGUUGAGAAAGAGAUCAGUCAAGAUCAGACAGAAGACAGCACGACAGAAAGGCCACAUGUAUGAUUUCGCUCUCUUGAAGCGGCGGGCACUGCAGUUAGAGGAACUUACUCUUGGCAAAGACUCGGCAGAUUGUGCCAAGACUCUAAAUGAGCUUGGAGUGCUUUAUUACCUGCAGAACAACCUGGAUGCUGCAAAAAUGUUCUUGACCCGAUCCCUGGAGAUGCGCCAGCGUGUGCUAGGGCCGGAUCACACCGACUGUGCCCAGUCUCUGAACAACCUAGCUGCGCUCCACAGCGAGAGGAAAGAGUAUGAGAGUGCCGAGGAGCUGUAUGAAAGAGCGCUUGACAUCCGCAAACGAGCACUUGCCCCAGAUCAUCCCUCUCUCGCCUAUACCCUCAAACACUUGGCCAUGCUUUACAAACGCAGGGGGAAGCUGGAAAAGGCAGUGCCACUAUAUGAACUGGCUCUUGAAAUCAGAGAGAAGAGCUUUGGGCCUAAACACCCCAGUGUGGCCACUGCUUUGGUUAACCUCGCAGUGCUCUAUUGCCAACUGAAGCAGCACAGUGAUGCAUUGCCUUUGUACGAGCGCGCUCUAAAGGUAUAUGAGGACAGUCUCGGCCGACUGCACCCUCGUGUUGGAGAGACUCUGAAAAACCUGGCAGUACUCAGCUACGAAGAGGGAGAUUUCGAGAAGGCCGCUGAACUGUACAAGCGAGCAAUGGAAAUAAAGGAGGCUGAGCCGUCUCUGGUGUGUGGUAAGGCCCCCUCACGUCACUCAUCCAGCGGCGACACCUUUAGCCUGCGAAGCCCCGCCCUGCCUCAUGCCUCAAGGUGACACCUGACCCCUCAACACUUAACUAAGCUGAACUCUUACCUCUAAUAAUAAAGCCAUAUUGGCCACACUUGCUGUGUUCAGGCAUGUGCUUGAAGUCUACAUGGAGCAAUCAAAGAUGCAUGGUAAGAAAACAUUGGGAUCCAACUUGGUUCUCAUUCCUACUGUAAUUUACAGUAUAAAUCAUCAGUGUUUUAAUGUAUCAUUCAUUGCCACUGGGUUUAUAAAAGGUGCUCUCUGACGGAAAACCGGAGAAAGUGUUUUAUUCCUGUGAUUUUCAAUAACUGUUGAAACCGCACUCCAUAUCAUCAGCAUACCAAUGACAUUUCUAAUGCACUGCUGUUAAACUGUGAGGUGUAGUAAAGUCACUAUGACCAGAAUAGUUUUAUUUGUGGAGGGCCACCUCAGAAUUACAAAAAAAAGAUAACUGAGAGAAGUUUAAAUACAUUUUGGAGAUAUAAAGUCACAAGAUACUAUGUUGCAGUUGUGAGAUGUCACAAUUACGAGAUAUGAGGUCACAACUGCAAGAAAUAAAGUCUAAAUUACUGUAUAAAAAAUAAGGUUGCAAUUGAGAAAUUAUGAGAAAUAACACUUAAGUCACGGGAUAUGAAGUUGCAAAUAUAUGAAGUUGCAAUUGCAAUAAAUAAUGUUGCUAUAAAAUAUGAAGUAAUUUGGAGAAAUAACAAUGUAAUAAUGAGAUGUGAAGCUGUGUUACAAAUAUGAUACAUAAAUUUGCAAUAGCGAAAUAUGAAGAUGGCAACAGUGUGAAAAUAGCAUCACAAUAACAAGAUAUGAAGCCACAGUUACGAAAGUUGCAACUGCAAGAAAUAGUGGCGCAAUAAUUUUUUUUCUUCUCUCAUAUGGCAAAAGGCCUUAUUAGCUAUUGAUUGUUCAUGCAAUGGAAAAUAUUAUUUACAUUUUCUCUCGAUAUUAAUAUACAUUUGAAUAGUUUUCUCCUCCAAUUAUCACUAUGGCAUACUUUUUUAUUAUAAACUUGAGUACAAGUCAAAUAACUGUUAAAGUUCAACAUGUUGGUUGAAGAAAUAGAAUUACCUUUGUAGUUUAUACAAAGUAUUAGUAUAUAUUAGCAUAUACUAAUAUUAGUCAGUAUUAGUCUCUUCCAAAGCACUUUUCACUUGCAUGGUACAAAAACUUUUUGGAAACAAAUAUAAUCACAUUGC